AAUAUUUAUAUCAUUCAACCAUAUAGUAUCUCUCUCUACUGUUUUUAUUUUCCAACAUAAUUAUUAAUUCGAUCCAAAGAGCUUCUCUGAUCCUUAUUACCUAGAAAAAAUAAACAUUCAUUAGAGAUAUCUUAAAGAUUAUGGAGGAAGAAGACAAGAAAGUGACGAAGUGUUUUAGCUUCAAGAGAAUCAUGAAGAGGAAGAAGAAAGAGGAGGAGGAGAAGUUGAUAGUGUCUAGAGAAUUUGCAAAAAGAUGGAGAGAUCUGAGCGGUCAAAACCAUUGGAAAGGGAUGUUACAGCCGUUGGAUCAAGAUCUCCGGGAAUAUAUCAUACAUUACGGCGAGAUGGCUCAGGCUGGUUACGAUACUUUCAAUAUCAACACCGACUCUCAGUUCGCCGGCGCUAGCAUCUACUCUAGAAAAGACUUCUUCGCCAAGGUUGGUUUAGAGAAAGCACAUCCGUACACAAAGUACAAAGUGACGAAGUUUCUAUACGCAACAUCCGAGAUCCACGUGCCUGAAUCAUUUCUGUUGUUCCCAGUUUCACGUGAGGGAUGGACAAAGGAAUCAAAUUGGAUGGGUUACGUGGCAGUAACAGACGACCAAGGCACGGCGCUUCUUGGUCGGAGAGAUAUCGUGGUCGCUUGGAGAGGCUCAGUACAACCACUUGAAUGGGUCAACGACUUCGAGUUCGGUUUAGUCAACGCCAAAAAAAUCUUCGGUGAGAAAAACGAUCAAGUACAAAUUCAUCAAGGUUGGUAUUCAAUCUACAUGUCUCAAGAUGAACGAUCACCUUUUACUAAGGCCAAUGCUCGUGACCAGGUAUUGCGAGAGCUUGGGAGAUUGUUGGAGAAGUAUAAGGACGAAGAAGUUAGUAUAACUAUCUGUGGUCAUAGUCUUGGAGCUGCACUGGCAACGCUUAAUGCUACGGAUAUUGUGGCUAAUGGUUAUAACCGACCAAAAAGCCGUCCUGACAAGUCUUGUCCAGUUACGGCCUUUGUCUUUGCUAGUCCUCGUGUUGGGGAUUCAGACUUUAAGAAACUCUUCUCCGGAUUGGAAGAUAUCCGAGUGUUACGGACAAGGAAUCUACCGGACGUAAUUCCAAUCUAUCCACCGAUAGGUUACUCAGAGGUGGGAGACGAGUUUCCAAUAGACACAAGAAAGUCACAAUACAUGAAAUCUCCUGGAAACCUCGCGACCUUUCACUGCCUAGAGGCUUACUUGCACGGCGUUGCAGGGACUCAAGGAACGGCCAAAGCUGACUUAUUCAGACUCGAUGUGAAAAGAGCCAUCGGAUUGGUCAACAAAUCAGUCGAUGGCUUAAAAGACGAGUACAUGGUCCCAGCGAAAUGGAGGGUUCUUAAAAACAAAGGUAUGGUCCAAGAAGACGAUGGGUCUUGGAAGUUAUUGGACCAUGAGAUUGAUGAUAAUGAAGAUUUGGAUUUCUGAUUUUCUGGUCAUUUUUUCUUUGUGAAGUGUUGAUGUUUGGAAAAAUACUAUAUUUUUCAUCUAUUUAACGUUGUAUUUUAUUCUUUUUCUUUAUUACUACCAAAUGAAUGUCGCAAUGUUUU